AUGGCGAUGCUCGUGUAUUAUUUGGUGACUCCUCUAGUUGCAAGCCAAAAAGGCAGAUUUGGAAAGAAGGGAAAGAGAUCUAUCAAUAAGCAUGAGAGACUGCAUCAUGAGAUUGGAAGUAAUAACUCAUAUAUCUCAUGUUACAGGUGGAGCAAGGGAGAGCAGUCUACAGCUUUAGCUACUGCUACUGAUGCGACCUUACAGGAGCUAAAUGAGUGGAAUGUCCGCUAUAGGCAGAAGUUUGGAUUUGUCUUUCUGAUAUUUGCAUCUGGGAGGAGUACCCCAGAGAUACUCGCCGAGAUGAAGAGACGCUACCAAAACAGGCCUAUAGUUGAGUUUGAGCUUGCAGCUCAGGAGCAAAUGAAAGUAACUGAAUUUCGUCUUUCCAAGCUAUUUACAGUUAAUUCUGCUACUGUUUCUCAAAUUCAAACCAAGAAUGCUGCAGAUGUGACAAAAGCUGGAGAAGAUCGGGUGAACGUUAUUGGAGCACACUUGACAGCUGCAAAUGAAGCUUCUGUGGUGAAACCAUGUCAAACUUUUACUAGGACUCGCCCGCCUAUCACAACCCAUGUGCUUGAUUUAGCUCGUGGGUCACCAGCUACUGGAAUUGAAGUACAGUUGGAGAUGUGGAAGAACGAUCAACAACGACCAUUGUUUGGCGAGGCCGAUUUGGGUGGUUGGAUGACCCUAGGGUCUUCAACGACAGAUAAAGAUGGACGAAGUGGUCAGUUGAUAGAUAUGGCCGAUGCUUUGAGUCCGGGGAUGUACAGGAUUAGUUUCAACACCGGAAAAUAUAACCCCGCAGGAUUUUUCCCAUAUGUCUCUAUUGUAUUCGAAGUCAGCGAGUCGCAGAAAUUGGAGCAUUUUCAUGUUCCUCUUCUACUUUCGCCAUUUUCGUUCUCUACUUAUCGUGGAAGUUAAUUAGCUUCAACCCGCAAAUAAAUCUUAGAAUGUAAAAACUUGAAUACUCUCUGGUUCAGAGAAUGUCAUUUAUCAACUUUGGUUUGUGAAUCGAUAUCAUUAUUUCA